GUAUCGAUAAAAGCACGUAGCACUUUGACAAGCUGCACUUUGAUUUUAAAACCAAGCGAAAUGAACCCCAUCCUGAACACCCUUAGCCAGACCAUGACCGUGGAGGCCAUAGCGAUCAUCAAGGCCAAGCGACUGGCCAUGAAAAAGGGCGUCGAUGCGGCCGGCAGGCAGAAAAGGGCGCUGCAGCGGGAGAAUAACCGCCGGGUGGACGACGUCCAGGCGGAGCUGUGCAGGCGGGCCAUGGAGCGGGAGCGGUCGUACCGCGUGUUCGAGGAGCAGCUGCUGGGCGAGAGGAAGAUGACGGCUGCCCAGGAGUACCUCCAUCUGGUCUACGACUCGAAGAGGCGCUGCAUGCACUCCACGUUGCGGGAGUCCACGCCGAUGGUGGUGAGGGAAGUGCCGGUGGUGGCGACCCAGCGGAAGAGCUUGACAGUGCCGCUCAGGGAGCAGUCCAAGUACAAUCGCUAUGGCCAGGAGAGGUACCUCAAGGAACAGCAGGAGUUCGGCAUCAAUCCGCGGGGCAGCCACUUGGAGAAGGCGGCGGCAAGAGGCAAGCAGCUCAAGAGGAGCCGUUCCUUGGGUGGCCCAAGCACUCCCAUGACCAAGAAAGCCACCAUUGGACGUCAGCCCUCGAGGCUGUUCUCCCGGAUGCCCAUCAUUGUGGUUCCGGCUGCUCUGACCAGCCUGAUCACCCUGUUCAAUGCCAAGGAACUGCUCCAGGAGAUGCGCUACGUGCCCGUGAAACAAGCCCGCCGGCUGCUGCAUCACAGCCAGCAUCCGGAGAAGGUCAUAGUCGAGCAUCGAUUCCAGGGCGAGCUGGUGAGCUACCGGGUCAUCGACAACGUGACCCGCCUGACCCCCGACGAGUGGCAGCGAGUGGCCGCGGUGUUCGCCUUGGGACCCCACUGGCAAUUCAAGGGCUGGCCCCAGGGCGCUGACCCCGCCGCCAUCUUCCACCAGGUGUGCGCCUUCCAUCUGCACUUCAAGGAUACGCCGGUGUGCAAGGAGCUGGGCAACUUCCAGGUCCACCCACUGGCCCUCUCGCCCAACGAGCGGCACUCCGACUGCGGCAUCCUGAUGGAGUUCUGGAACAAACUGGACCACCACAUGGCCGUCCGGGCCCGUCAGUUUGCGUUUGUCAGGCAGAAGUAGGGUGCUCCUGCUUACUUUCCCCCUGGCGCUCAUGCAACACGAGUAGAUGCCAGAUAAGCGGGGAAAUCAAUAAGUGAAAUUGAAUAAGCCAGAACAAAGGACGAAGGACAAAGACACACACACGCACACGCACACACACAC